GCCCCUGCACCCUGUGCCUGGCUGAGUCUGGUCAAAGGGGGCACCUCGGGGGGCCCCCACUCUCCCAGCCACCUCCUAGCUGGGCACCCUGAGGCUUGGGCAGGGCAGGGUGCAGGCCGGUGCUCCCAGGAGAGGAGGCGCUGUCAGCUCAGGAAGAGGGAAGCAGACACGCCACCAGGGAUGGGCAGAGAUGCAGGUGGAAGGGAAGCCCGCUCCCUGAGGCCCAGUGGCAUUUCCGGGACAGCAGGCCCCAGGGGUAGACAGUCCGGUGGGCACUGUGUGCCAAGGGCUGGACGCAGGCCCUGUCUGCAUUCUCCACACAGAAGUCUUGUCCUGGGCAUUUGGCGUUCCAGUCGCCUCCCCUGAGCAGACAGGAAAGCCAAGACCCCUCCUGGUCACCCCUGGUCACCCCUUGCCACCCCCUGCCCUGGCUUCAGCUGAGCUGGGAGUUGAACUUGGGUCCUGAUUGACAUUGCCUUGGGUCCCCCUCCGUCUGCCUCUGGUCCCCUUUAACCCCAGUGUCCUCUGGCUCUGAGGAUGCUGCGGUGAGCUGUGGCUGGGCGGGGCCCCAUGAAGAGGAGGUGAGUUGGGGUUCUGCCCUGGCCCCCUGCCCCACUGAGCCUGAUCCAGGGGAGGAUCCUGGGCAGGCCUGCACUCUGCUGUCCUGGCUUUGCUGGGAACCGGGGAGCAGCCAUGGGGUCCUGGGAGCCCUGCACCCCAGCUUCCCCCGGGAAGCCAAGCAGGCACCAAGUCCUCACACACACAGGACGGGACAGGGUAGCCCUGGGCAUUGGCAGCCGGUGGGAGGGGUGAUUGUACCAAGGCUUUCAGGGGACAGGCGGUGGGAACAGCAGUGAGGGAGUUAACGGCCGCUGCUGACUCCUCUCUGGCAGGAAAAACUCCCCAUAGACGCCCUGCUGCCUGGCGUCUUGCCAGGGCCAAGACAGGGGCUGAAAACUGGAAGUCCAGGCGGGUGGCCAGCUCUGCCUCUGAGGCGGGCGCUGGAGGAAGGCAGCAGCCCUGCUGCCAGCCGCCCGUCCACAUUCCCACCGGUCUGCCUGGCUGCCCGCUGUUCGCCUGGAAACCUGUCUGUCUAUCCAUCUGUAAUCCUGAUUCUGUCCACUUGUCCAUCUGACCUUCCUUCUCUGUCCAGCCAUCUGGCUGUCAAUCCAUUUGUUUGUCUCUGGCUCCUGUCUAUCUGUCCAUCUGUCCCAUCAUCUGUGAGUCCAUCUGCUCACCUUGUUGUCCAUUCAUCCACCUGUCUCUCUGUAUAUCUCCGCCCACUGGUCUGUGUGCCCACUUACCUCCUCUCUCCCCCGGGGCCACAGAGCCAUGGCCCAGGGCCACGGGGCCACGAUCAGCAUGGUGCUGCUGGGGCUGGGGCUGGCACUGGCCAUCAUUGUGCCUAUCGUGGUCGUCUCUUGGCACCGCGUCCACUGUGGCCCCCAGGCGUUUGCCCAUGCUGCGGUUGCUGCGGACUCUAAGAUCUGCUCGGACAUUGGACGAGCCAUCCUCCAGCAGCACGGCUCACCCGUGGAUGCCACCAUCGCGGCUCUGGUCUGCACCGGGGUUGUCAACCCCCAGAGCAUGGGCCUGGGUGGAGGGGUCAUCUUCACUAUCUACAAUGCAUCCACAGGGAAGGUGGAGGUCAUCAACGCCAGGGAGACGGUACCUGCCAGCCACGUCCCGGGUCUGCUGGACCAGUGCAAGCAGGCCCAGCCUCUGGGCACAGGUGCCCAGUGGAUCGGGGUGCCUGGGGAGCUCCGCGGCUACGCUGAGGCGCACCGCCGCCACGGCCGCCUGCCCUGGGCGCAGCUCUUCGGGCCCACCAUCGCACUGCUCCGGGGGGGCCUCCGCGUGCCCCGCGUCCUGAGCCGCUUCCUGCACAGCAGCUACCUGCGCCCUUCCCUGCACGCAUCAUCCCUGAGGCAGCUCUUCUUCAAUGGGACGGAACCCCUGAGUCCUCACGACCCACUCCCGUGGCCCGCGCUGGCCGCCACCCUGGAGACCGUGGCUGCGGAAGGCGCAGAGGCCCUCUACACAGGGAGGCUGGGCCAGAUACUGCUGGAGGACGUUGCCAAGGAAGGCAGCCAGUUGACCCCGCAGGACCUGGCAUCAUUCCGGCCUGAGGUGGUGGAUGCCCUGGAGGUGCCCCUGGGGAACUACACCCUGUACUCACCGCCACCGCCUGCAGGGGGCGCGAUUCUCAGCUUUGUCCUCAACGUGCUCAAAGGGUUCAACUUUUCCGCGGAGUCGGUGGCCAGGCCCGAGGGGAGGGUGAACUUGUACCAUCACCUCGUGGAGACGCUCAAGUUUGCUAGGGGGCAGAGGUGGCGGCUGUGGGACCCUCGAAGCCACCCGGAGGUCCAGAACGCCUCCCAGGACCUGCUGGGGGAGGCUCUGGCCCAGCAUAUCCACCAGCAGAUCGACAGCCGGGGUGACCACCAGCUCAGCCACUACAGCCUGGCCGGGACCUGGAGCCACAGGAUGGGCACGGCCCACGUGUCCGUGCUGGGGGAGGAUGGCAGUGCUGUGUCCGCCACCAGCACCAUCAAUACGCCGUUUGGAGCCAUGGUGUACUCACCACGCACGGGCAUCCUCCUCAACAACGAGCUCCUGGACCUGUGCUGGAGGCACCCGCGGGGCUCCGGAGUCACCCCCCCUCCCGUUCCAGGCGAGCGGCCCCCGUCAUCCAUGGUCCCCUCCAUCUUGGUCAACGCAGCCCAGGGGUCGAAGCUGGUGAUUGGCGGGGCUGGCGGGGAGCUCAUCAUCUCUGCUGUGGCCCAGGCCAUCAUGAACAAGCUGUGGCUGGGCCUUGACCUGCAAGCUGCCAUUGCGGCCCCCAUCCUGCACGUGGACGGCAAGGGCCGGGUAGAAUACGAGCCCAGCUUCAGCCAGAAGCCCUUGGACUCCUUGCUUAUCACAUUGAGGCCCCUGGUGUCCUUGAUCCAGGACAGAAGUGAACCUGCAUCUCAGCUUCCUUCUCGUUCGGGCGAUGUCCUCCUGUCAUAUCCCCUGGAGUCCAGGCUUCUCCUCUGGGGCCUUUGGAGUGGGAGGCUGUAGACUCCAUGCCUGCAGACGAGGCUGCAUCCAGCGCCCCUCUGUCCUCUCCCAGACCGCCCCUGCCAGUCCUGCCUCCUCGGCCAGGGUCCUCAGCUCCCUGCCCGGGUCCCAGCCCCUCCAUGACCAGCCUUCUCUGCUCUCCAGGAGGUGAAGAAGGGGCUCCAGUACCGGGGCCAGAACCAGACCGAGAGGCCCGUUUUCCUGAACGUGGUCCAGGCCGUGUCCCAGGACGGGG